ACUUAAUUCCCAAAUCCGAAUUCCGUGUUUAAAACCUUGUCCACGUUUGACUAAAGAACCAAGUCCACCUCCUUCCUCUACCUCCGCCUCCGCCUCUGCAAAUUAAGGUAGCGGAGGAGAGAUGGCGGAGGCAAAGGCAGGAAGCCUAAGCCGCCCGUCACCCUCAUUCCGGCUAAAGACAGCAUGUCUCAACUGCAUCCGCCUGCGACGAAUCUUCGAUAUAUUCGACAAGAACGGUGAUGGCAUGAUCUCUGUGGAAGAACUAAGCCAAGCCCUCGACCUACUCGGCUUGGAAACAGAUCCUAAGGAGAUUGAAUCCAUAAUUCGCUCCUACAUAAGGCCUGGCAACACCGGCCUCGCCUUUGAAGACUUCGAUGCCUUACACAAGUCUCUCGAUGACACCUUCUUUGGCCACAAAGAUGGCAACAACAACUGCAAAGACGAGACUACGUGUGAUUGUGGUGGUGAGAUUGCGGAAACGUCUGUGCAGGAGGAGGCCGAUCUGACGGAGGCUUUCAAGGUGUUUGAUGAGGAUGGUGAUGGGUUUAUUUCGGCCAUGGACUUGCAGGUUGUAUUGAGAAAGCUUGGGAUGCCUGAGGGUAGAGAUAUUGGUCGAGUUGAACGUAUGAUCCUUUCUGUUGAUCGUAACCAAGAUGGUCUUGUUGAUUUCCUUGAAUUCAAGGAUAUGAUGCAUAGUGUCAUGAUUCGUAGCUCUUGAAUUUCGAUUGAAAUGAAUUAAUAAAUGGUGGAUCAAUAAAAUUUCCUUUAAUCUUUU